AUCGGCUUUUCAAAGUUUCUUAACAAAAUGGACUCCAGUGCGGCAGCCGACCGUGCGGUAGCGAAGGUGAACUGGAAAAAGGUUGGCGCUACCACGGGACCCGCUCCUCGGCCGAGACAUGGACACAAGGCGGUGGCCAUUAAAGAGCUUAUCAUCAUAUUCGGAGGAGGAAACGAUGGCAUCGUCGACGAGCUACAUGUGCUCAAUACUGCCACGAACCAAUGGUUUGCACCCACUGUACGAGGAGAGAAACCCUCGGGAACUGCUGCAUUCGGGUUCAUCUGUGACGGUGUGAGGCUGCUCAUCUUCGGAGGAAUGGUCGAGUACGGCCGCUACUCCAACGAGUUGUACGAGCUCCUUGCGUCUCGAUGGGAGUGGCGGCGUUUGACCCCCCUCCAAGAUCCCCCCUCUCCACGUCUUGGACAUUCCUUCAAUCUGGUUGGUCAGAAAGCUGUCAUCUUCGGAGGUCUUGCCAACGAGUCUAACGACCCAAAACUCAACAUUCCAAAGUACUUGAAUGAUGUGUUUACGCUUGAGAUACGUGAGGGGACUUCCCUUCAGUGGGUGUGUCCAACCAUCGAGGGUCCUGUACCUUGUGCUAGGGAGAGCCACAUCGCCGUUACCAUCGGCAACAAGCUGUUAGUCCACGGUGGUAUGAACGGGAAGAGGCUGAGCGACCUUUGGACCCUGGAUCUCGGUGGGGAGAAGGUCUCUUGGAUGGCUGUGACGACACAGGGACCACCCCCCAUCCCCUGUAGCCUGCACUCUGCUGUGAUCAUCAAGAGCAACUUGUUUGUGUUUGGAGGUUGGGUCCCUGUAUUGUCGGAGGAUGGGGCUCUGCCAACACAGGAGACUGAGUGGAAGUGCUCUAACAAGCUAGCCAGACUCAACCUCGACACCUUCACUUGGGAAGGGGUCCCUGAUUUCCCAGCUGAUAACGAGGACUGUGCCCCGUGUCCCAGGGCAGGGCACGCGGCUGCUGUCGUGGGAACCAGGAUGUACGUGUGGAGUGGGCGGGAUGGCUAUCGACGUGUCUGGAACAACCAGGUUUGCUGUCCUGACUUGUGGUUCCUUGAGACUGAGAGACCGUCUGCUCCUGUGAGGAUACAGCUGGUUAGGGCAGGGACCAACACGCUUGAGCUGCUCUGGACCAACGUGACCUCCGCCGACUCUUAUCUCUUGCAAGUACAGCCGUACGAGUUGAGCACUCUGCCCAGCAAGCCCAAGAGUGAGGGAGCUGCCAUUAAGGCUGACCCUACCCAGCCUGGUGGUGACAACACUGUGACCCCGGCUACUGGUCAGAAGGAGCUAGUGCCUCAAUGGUUUGAUGUGGAGUCAGCUAAAGGUACUCAGUUCACUGUGACUGGCUACAGUGUACCAGUGGAGGGGACUGCCACAGAGGGGGACCAGGCACCCAAGGUCCAGAGGGUGGAGCUCCAGCCGGGCAAGGCGUACAAGUUCCGAGUGUGUGGCAUCAACUCGUGUGGGAGUGGUCCCUUCUCUGAUGUGGCUGCCUUCAAGACCUGCAUGCCAGGCUUCCCUGGGGCACCGUCCGCCAUCAGGAUCAGCAAGAGCUCUGAAGGGGCGCACCUUUCCUGGGAGCCUCCUGCCAACAGUGCUGGUACCAUCACAGAGUACAGUGUGUACCUAGGCCUCAAGCCUCAGCCUGGCACACAGCCUGGGACCAUGGCCUUUGCUCGGGUCUACUGUGGCUCUGGUUCCUCGUGCAUCGUGUCUCAUGUACAGCUAGGCUCUGCACACAUCGACACCACCUCCAAGCCAGCCAUCAUCUUCAGGAUUGCCGCUAAGAAUGACAAGGGGUAUGGGCCUGCCACUCAGGUGAGGUGGUUACAAGAUCCUAAACCUGCUGACAAGGCAGCCGCCGCUGUUGCUAAGCGACCAGCACCCACGCCCCCUCCAAGCGAGGAUGCGAAGAGGCCAAAGACAGCUGUCUAACCAUUCCUCCUGUUGAUUCAAUGACACACACAUAAUCUUUAACUCUAUAAAUCAGCCCUGUGUUGUAUGACAUUGUAUAUAAUUAUGCUGCAUGGCUAGUCUGUUAAAUAAUGUUGGCUAUAUAUAAUUAUAAUUAUAGCUCAUUUAAUUAUAAUUAUAAUAUUUAUAUCAUAAUUAUAUUAUUUGCUUGA